UUAUAUUGUCAGGUGUCAUAUGGAUCAGAAUUGAGCAACCGUGGUUCCACAUUUGACAUGGACUAAUUAGAUUUCAUGGAUGGUGAUCAACCCAUUUCAUAUGAAAAAGCCAAAGGUUACUUUGCUCGUGAUCCAUCACAAAGAUGGACUGUAUAUGUUGUUGGUAGUUUCUGGUUUUAAAACCAUAAAUUUUGUUUCCAAGGGUUAAAUAUCAGUUCAAGGGAUCUCGCGAUCCUCUGUCAAAAGGUGGAAAACUCUGUUGUUGGAGCUCCAAGUGGCGUGAUCGAUCAAAUGGCUUCUGCACAUGGUGAAGGUAACAAGCUUCUUGCAAUGAUUUGCCAGGUAGAUAAUAAAUAUGUGAAGAGACAGGUAGAUAAUAAAUUGUGGAGAUUAGAGAUCAUUGUAUGAAUUAAUUGGAGCAAACGAGGACAGAUCACAGGAGAAGAUUAACUACAAGCGUCUAGGUGGAGGAAUGUCGUCGUUGAUCAAUCGAAGUGGAAGAAGUAGAAAGAAAAGCGAGAGGAUAUUACUAAAGACGGCAUUCAGCAAAUUCACUAAUGAAGAAUCCAAUCCAUUGCUUAUUGAUAUUGAAGAUGCAUACAAUGAAGGAAAUGAACUAGUACAACCUCAGAUUAGAAGAGAAGGACAGAAGAAGUUUUCAACACCUAAGAAGAAAACUAAAAAUCAAAUUGGUGGUGAUGAUGAUUAUUUGAAAUUUAAAAUUUUAAAUAUCAAUUUGAAUCUAUAGUGAUUAUGUGUCUUAUUUUUUGGACAGGUGUGGGGGAACGUGUUAAUCGCACACCAGCUCAUUCAAUGCGAAGGGAUCUUAAAGUUGUAGUUUUGAGCUCAAAUUCAAAAAAAAACAGGAAACCCAAAGUCAAUGUGAAGAAGUUUGAUGGAGGAAAUUCAAGGUUUUCUAAAGCUAAAAAAAAUAUACAGAAAAAAAAGGUUUCAUUGAAAGUUAUGACUUGACAGAAGACAGUGUACUAAAUAGGGAAAAUGAAUUGAGAACAAAAAGACGUUUUGAUAGAUGUAAAACAAAAGGAAAAGAGAAUGUUACUGUCAAGAACCUUGACGAAGAUGAAGACUCUGAUUUUGAAGCUAACAUAACUGUGGUAACAAGGAAAAAGUGAAGGCAUCAUACUUCAUUCAAAGAUGAUGACAAAGAAAAUGUGAAGAAAUUUAAAAGACAAAGGAAUAAAGAAGGAAAUGUAUUGAAGCCAAGAAAACAUCCUAAAGUUGUAGCAAGUGGUGCAGAAGAAGCUAAGCGAAUACAAGUACGGACAUCUCCAAAUGUUUUGUACAAUUGUAUGCAUAACCUUAGCAAGGAACAGGAAGCUUAUAUUUCUUCUAUUGGUCUGGGGCAUUUGUUGAAGAUGAAAGUGGAUGGGUGUGCAUCAAUUAUGGGGCAUUAUAUUGUCAGGAAUUUUAACGCAGAUAGGAUGGUACUCAAACUUCAUCAUGGAGAGAUACCAAUCAAUUGGCAAGUUAUUCACGAAAUGUUGGGUCUGCCUCUGGGACAUGUUACAAUAAAGUCUAUGCCUUAUAGAGAAGUCACAAAUGACACGAUAACUGUUUGGAGAAAACAAUUCGAAGAUGAAGAUAAUAUUAGACCAAGGGCAGUUCAACAAGUUAUUAUGCAGUCAACACGUGUGGAUUUAAUGUUUAAAGUAAACAUCUUUGUCCUGUUGUGUAAUACACUAGGUCAGUCGAUGAGCAUGGGCACAUGUGACCUGUCGAUGUUAUCAAAAGUCACGAAAGAUCUGGAUCUAAGUGACAUUGAUUGGUGUGGAUAUGUUUUUGAUUGCCUUAAGGAGACAAAAAGUGCGUGGAAUCCGAACAGCAAAAAAGGAUUCUAUGUUGGGCCAAUUAUAUUACUGCUGUUGCUAUACGUAGAAAGUGUUCGAUGCGAUUCAGUGAAGAUUGUACGAUGCAGACCAGCAAUAUGUUGUUGGAGUGUUGAUAAACUACAUGAGCGAGAAAGAGUAGAGUGUAGGACAAUUGGUCUGGGUAUGGGUGAAUUGCAAGAUCCAUUUCAAUUCGUCAAUGAAGCAUCGGGAACUGGUAAUGUAGGGCAAGAAAAGGUUCAGGGAAAUGAUGCAGGAGAUGUAAGGUGUAAGGGAAAUCAUGGAGAUGAUAUUUUUAGUGGAAGUGGGGAAAGUGUUGAGACAACUGUUAAAACAAUAAAGGAGAUGUACGACAUGAUAUUGCAGCAAAAGAAAGUGUUGGAAGACAAAAUAAAUGAUGCUGUCAAGAAAUAUCCUGAUAAUCAGUUGGUCAAAGAAUGGAAAAACAAAGUAAAUCAUUUGUUUACUGAAGUUUCUGCAUCAGAGGAACCAGAACAGUCUCAAUGGUGGUAUGAUAACGAGGCUGAAAUUGAACGUACGUUGAUUCUAGCUACAACUAACAAACAGUUUGACAACUCCCCGAUAGCAAAAUGUAGUAUUCAAAUGUCACAGGAAUAUGCAGAUUUCGCGAAUAGAUCUGGAACAAAAUCUUUUAAGAAUACACCACCAUCUAAAAUGGAAAUGCCAAUUCCUUUGUCUAUAGUACCAUUCAACAAAGAUGAACAUUGGGUUAGUAGAAGAGGGUACAGGCCUCGCAUGAAAUCCGAAUAUCUGAAAUCUCCUUACGUUAUACGGGCUGUUGAUAUCAUCAAAGGAGUUCCACGGCAGGAAAAACGUGUAACAGAAUGGAUAUUCUCUCUCCAGGGAGAUCCAAAUGAUAUAGUUUUCCACACUCUGGAUGGGUUUUCUGCUCAGAGGUUUCAUAUGGAAAGUUUCUUUCCAACAUGUGAACUAUUUGGCCAUGUCAUUGAUUGUUGGAGUCAAGUGUUGAAUCUUGAUGAAAGUAAGCGUGCACCUGAAUCGCCCCUGAGAGUUUAUUGCAAGACAGACGUGACGAAUUCGUAUCUAGAAAGUGGUUUAACAGAAAGUCAACGUAAAGAUAAAUUCAUUGAGAAUUUGGUGCUUUCUGUUGAAGAUAUGGACGCAAGCCUACGUUUUGUUGGACUGCUUUUCCUACCAAUCAUCCGUUCCUUCCACAUUUUCCUUUUUGUGAUCAAUCUACAACAACCAGAGUUUGUAAUCGUUGACAACAGCAAAGUUGAUGAUCCUGAUGGUGAGAGAUAUGGUCAGUUGCCCCAAAUCAUUAAAGAGUACAUAGUUGAUUACUUAAAAUCUCAGAAUCAUCCAAAAGCUGAGAUGUUUUCACAUGUGAUGCCACAUAGACUGGAAAUGCCUUGGAGAACAAUAAACAACAGCAUUGAUUGUGGUGUGUUUACGAUGCGUCACAUGGAAACAUAUAUGGGUGGAGGUAUGAAUGAGUUUAAAGCUGGAUUCAAGAACGAGUCUUCUGCACAAGAUGAUCAACUUGUUAAACUGAGGACAAAGUAUUUAUACAAAAUCCUCACUCAUGAAUAUAAUGUUCAAAAUGAUUAUGUGCUGCAAAAGGUUGAUGAAUUCCACAAGAUUCCUUCAAAACAACGUUCUCAAAUGUUGGCCAUUGCAAAGGAAGAAAUUCACAGGAGAUUGGAUGUUUUAAGUUAGUUGUUUUAAAAAAGUUAUUUUAGUUAUGACUUUAAUGGUUUCUUUUGGAUGGAUUAAAAACAAUGCUUUUGUAUGCUAAGGAUGUUAACUUGGGUUGCUGAACGUACAAUACUUACUUUUGGUUUGCUAAUUUUAGUAAUGGACUAGUGAUAUUUUAGUA